AUACCGAACAACACCGGAGAAGGCGCGAUAUUCUUGCUCGUGCGUUCUAAAGCCUCAAAUUGCCCAGUUUGAUAAACACGCGUUAUUUUGUUGCUAAAACUAUUUAUUUAGUUGUGGUAAUAAACAAUAUUCUACAUUUAUUUAAUAUUUUUUAAUGAUAAAUAUGAUAUUCACAAUUGGAGUAUUGACAAUUGUUACAAUUGUUCAAGGAACAAUGCACAUGCCAUCUUUGAAGGUCCCUCUGUACUCGGAUUUACUUCUCCGAGACAUAAUUGAUCAUAUGAGCAAAGACCUAGCAGAAACAGCAGACUCUUAUCUGGAUUACCCAGAGAUGGUUCGCGACGGAGAAGACUACGAGAAAGCCAAAGAAAUCCCCGCAGAAAUGUCGAUUGAUUACGAAGAAAUGGAAACGCUUAAUCCUAAUCCAAGUAUCCGCGAUCACGAGUACCUGAGACACAGUAGUCUUGUAGCCAACCAGAGAAUGAACGACGAAGCGGGUGAAGAUAGACACAAGGUUCAAGCUGCUGAGCCCAAGAGACCCAAGGAAGAGAAAUCCGAGAAUACUCUUCCAGCUUAUUGCACUCCUCCCAAUCCGUGCCCAAUCGGAUACACAAAUGCAAACAAUUGUCUAGAAAAUUUUGAAAACACCGCAGCUUUUAGUCGCGAUUUUCAGGCAUCCCAAGACUGCAUGUGUGAUAGCGAACAUAUGCUUGAUUGUUUGAAUAACAAUAAUGAGAAUAAUCAAGCUAUGAAUGGACAAAUUACCAAUUCUGAAUUUGAAAAAAUUGUUGGAAGUUUACAGGAGAGUAAUCCUUAUUUCCGGGGUGAAAAGUUGCCAAUUGCAGCUAAAAAAGGGAUCAAUGUAUUUUCAUAUUAAAAAAUAUUUUUAAAAUUGGUUACCUCAAAAUUUUAUCACAAAAAUAAUCAACUUGUAUAACUAAAUUUUUUUUUUAAAUUAUGUACUUUAAUUUUGAUGGUAAUACCAAAGUAUGUACUCAAUGGUCUAAUAUAAAAUAUAUUAUCGAUUAUAAAUAUUUUAAAAAAUAUUUAGAAAAAAUUGGUGUCGAAUCAAAAAUAUAUCAUUAUUUAUAAAUUAUAACAACUGAUAAAUAUAAAAAAAAAUUAACAUAUAUAUUAUGAAAUAUGUUAUAUAUAAUUUAUUUCUAACGUUGAAAAUUGACAAAUUUUAAUAAAUAUCUAUUACUUGAGUAUUUUUAACAGAACGACAAGACACAGUUAUAUUAUGCAUGAUACUUAAUUUAAUGAAAUUGAAAUACAAUUGUAAUUAUGAAUGGUGCUACAAUAAAAAAAAAUGUAUAAUUUAAA